ACCCCCCUCCCGAAGCGAAGGUCACAACCCCGCAAUUUGCCUCGGAUCCCCCCUCGACCCGAUUCCUAUUUGCACACCGGGCCCGCUACACACGCCAAUCGCCUGGGCUUUUUUGGGACGUGAACUUGAAUUCUGAUGAAAUCGCUGCGCGAACUGCUGCACCUUGGCCCGGAGACGAGCACGAAGCGUGGUUGAAGAAUGAAAGUCCGGAAGUUCAGCAAGCCCUCGCAUGCAACAAACCAUUCUUGAAAAAAUUCUUUCACGAAUUCGAUGCAACUUUCUGCAAGCACCCAAAACCACUAGAUCCACUGGGCGGAAAAUUGUUUCGAAUGAACCUCGGUGGAAAUUCGACCGAACCGGCCUUGGUCAUCAACAAAGCAAAAGUGGAAGAACGAUUAGCGAAUUUCAACGAGCAAACCAAGCAGAAGGUAAACAGCAUCAAAGAAAAGUAUGGCAAGAAACCGGAAGCGCAUAAUGGCACCACUGCGCACAAA